CCCCCAAGAUGCUGCAAAACGUUCUCCGCCAGGUGGUCCGCUCGGUAGGCUCGAUCGGUGCUCCACGCACGUUCGCCAGCUCGUCGUUCGGCACGGCUACCGGUGCCACCUCGCCCCUAACCUACCUUAGCGAGGACGAGCUGGUGAUGAAGGAAACGGUGGCCAAACUGGCCCAGGAACAGAUCGCCCCGCUGGUGAAGAAGAUGGACGAGGAGCAUCAGUUUGAUCCGUCCGUGGUGCGCGCCCUCUUCGACAAUGGGCUGAUGGGGAUUGAGGUAAGCGACGAGUAUGGGGGCAGUGCGUGCAACUUCAUGACCACGAUGCUGGUGGUGGAGGAACUGUCCAAGGUGUGUCCGGCGACGGCCGCGUUCGUUGACAUCCACAACACGCUGGUUAACUCGCUGAUGAUCAAACUCGGGACGGCGGAGCAGAAGAGCAAGUAUCUGCCGAAGCUGAGCCAAGAGUACAGUGGGAGCUUUGCGCUAUCGGAACCAUCGGCCGGAUCGGAUGCAUUCUCGCUGAAAACUACUGCCAAGAAGGAUGGCAACCACUACGUCCUGAACGGUACCAAGAUGUGGAUAUCCAACUCGGAUCUGUCCGGUGUGUUCCUGAUUAUGGCGAAUGCGAAUCCCUCCGCUGGCUACCGUGGCAUUACGACAUUCAUCGUAGAGCGCGAGUACGAAGGUUUCACCGUUGGCAAGCGAGAAAGCAAACUGGGCAUCUGUGCGUCCGGUACCUGCACCCUGCAUCUGGACAAUGUGCGCGUCCCGGAGGAGAACAUCCUCGGUGAGUUCGGUAAGGGUUACCAGUAUGCGGCCGGUUUUCUCAACGAAGGACGCAUCGGUAUCGGGGCGCAGAUGAUCGGUCUGGCCCAAGGCUGUCUGGACGCGACCAUCCCUUACCUGCUCGAGCGCAAACAGUUCGGUUCCGAUCUGUACUCGUUCCAGAGCAUGCAGCAUCAGAUCGCAACGAUCGCAACGGAAAUUGAAGCAGCCCGGCUGCUGACGUACAAUGCGGCCCGUCUGCAGGAAGCGGGUGCACCUUUCCUGAAGCAGGCGGCGAUGGCCAAAUUCUACGCAUCGGAGGUAGCCCAACGUACCACGGUCAAGUGUAUCGAUUGGAUGGGUGGCGUCGGCUUUACGAAGGACUUCCCGCAGGAGAAGUAUUAUCGUGACUGCAAGAUCGGUGCCAUCUACGAGGGUACGACCAACAUGCAGCUCAGCACGAUCGCCAAGGUCAUGAAGAAGGAGUAUCAAUCGUAAAAA